AUGGUUGCCGCUGCAUCAUCACAGGUAUCCAAAAGUCAUAAUCCAAUCACUACAAAACAUUCCAACACCAGUUCCAUGGAUGAGUCUGGUGGGUUUAUAGAUUCAGAUGAUAUAGACGAGCACGAUGAAAAGGGUCAAAGCAUCAUAUUAAACAUCAUAUCGCAAUUGAGACCCGGGUCUGAUCUAACAAGAGUGACAUUACCAACUUUUAUCUUGGAGAAGAAAUCAAUGUUAGAAAGAGUCACCAAUCAAUUGCAAUUCCCCAAUUUAUUACUUGAGGCUCAUAAAGAAACUGAUCAAUUGACAAGAUUUGUCAAAACAUUGAAAUGGUAUUUAGCGGGUUGGCAUAUUGCUCCCAAAGCAGUGAAAAAGCCUUUAAACCCUGUCUUGGGUGAAUUAUUCACUUGUUAUUGGGAUUUACCUAAUAAACAACAAGCGUUUUAUAUUGCAGAACAGACAAGUCAUCAUCCACCUGAAUCUUCAUAUUUCUAUAUGAUCCCAGAAUCUCAUAUCAGAUUAGAUGGGGUAGUUAUACCAAAAUCGAAAUUCUUGGGGAAUUCCUCGGCAGCUAUGAUGGAGGGGUUAACUGUGCUAAGCUAUUUGGAUAUCAAAGAUUCUAAUGGUAAGCCUGAAAAAUAUACUUUCUCAGAACCAAACAUAUAUGUGAGGGGAAUUCUUUUUGGGAAGAUGAAGAUAGAAAUGGGUGAUCAUAUGAUUGUCACGAGUUCUAAAUAUUCUGCUGAUAUAGAAUUCAAAACAAAAGGGUUUGUUUCAGGAACAUACGAUGCUAUCUUAGGCAAAGUUAAAGACAAUAAAGGGGCCGAGCUAUUCGAGAUAUCUGGGAAAUGGAAUGAUGUGAUGUAUAUCAAAGAUUUAAGGGCAAAGAAUGCCAAGAAAAAUGUAUUCUAUUCUACUCAUACUGAUAAACCCUUGAAACCAAAAGUCCACCCUCUUAAAGAACAAGAUGAAUAUGAAUCCAGGAAAUUAUGGAAAGAAGUGGUUCAAGCUCUAGCUAAUAGUGAUCAAGAAACAGCUACUGAAGAAAAAUUCAAAAUUGAAGAAUAUCAAAGAAAUUUAGCAAAAAAAAGGUUGGAAGAUGGUGUGGAGUUUCAACCAAGGAUAUUUGUAAAAUCGAAACCUGGUAAAGAUUUAGAUUUCUAUAUUUACAAGUACAUUCCAAACGAUGCACCACCGGAAGAACAAAUUAAAAGUAUAUUGGAAGUCAUACCUAUUUUACCAGGUCAAAAAUAUACUGAUAAAUUUAAUAUACCUGCAUUUGAAAAGCAUGAACAACAGCAUCAUCUAUUGCGUCAUCAGAAAUAG